UGUGAGUCUUUCAAACACUCAUUCCUUGUUAUUUCUCCUAUUCUUUGCUCUGGUUAGUGGGGAGUGAAAAGAUCAAGUUUUUGGUUGAAUUUGGACUAGGAGUCUAGGAUCUCCGUGAUCAAAUCUUAUAAGGGGAUAUUGGUUUCUUUGAGUGCAUAAUAUCAGCUUGAAGCUCUAAGUAAUUCUGGAUAUCUAAAGCCACAAAGGAAAGAUCAGCAUGCGUUGGUUGGGUCUUUCUGUUGACGUGUUCCGCCAAGUUGUACAGUUGAACUUAUAUUGUAGAGUUAUUCUGUAGAUCAUCAUUCCCAAAAUCCUAUAUUUCGUUAUUUCUGGUCCCUUUGCUUAGCUGCUGCCAUGGAAGCCAACCAUUGUUUGAUCAUUUCUUCUGAUAAAUAUAGAAUUGGCUAAAAGAUAGGAAGUUAAGGCAGAUUCUGUUAUUUUGUAAUUUCGGUAUGUUCUCAUCUCAUAUUGUUCUCUAGUUCUAGCUGAUUCUGAUUUUGUGUUUAGCUUGGGGUAUCUUCAUUGUGAUAUUCUAUUGGGCAUUUCUUCACUGUGUACAACAUUAGAUUGAUUGAAUAGUGUGGAGAGAGACAAAAGUAGUUAUGGUGUGCCAAGCAGCGAGCCAAACAAGAUUCCGGGCAUUAAAACAUGAGUAUGGCAUUGAAGGUCAAGCAACAAUUAUUGUUAGAGUGAUAGCAUGUUUUCAACCCUUGCAUUUUUGUCAGGCUGAGUACUUCCGUCAUUUGCUUAAGCCUGUCACGUAGAUUGAUUAACAUUUCUUUCUCACUAAGCUGGAGUUUGUAGUUUUCAUUUUCAUUUUCCCUUUUGUUCCUUAGAAAAGCAGUAAGUUACCAAGGAUCUCAUACAAGAGCACCAUAACAUCUACUGGUCAUUUCUUUUGUUGGAUGGUUAAGGCUGACGGGUCUUUGCCUCGUCCACACCAUGUGGCAUGGCAAUCACCUUCUUCGAAUUACUUCAGCAUGCUGCCUAAGCGCAGCUUAGUUUGUCUGCCAACAUAUCUGAAUUCGAGUACUUGCAUGUUUCCUGCUGUCAGUACAUUUCGCGGGUUUGCAGCUCCUUCUAUCCCAAUUUUGAAGACUGAGCUAACAAAUGAAGUGCAAGGAUUCCUUCAGCAUCACAAUGCAGACACAAGUUUGAAAGAAACACAUGUUGGAGGAGCUUUACAAAGGUUGUUCUAUGGGCUUGAAGCUCCCUCUAUCCCAAGUCUGAAGACUGAGCAAACAAAUGAGGUGCAAGGAUUCCUUAAGCAUCACAAUGCAGACACAAGUUUGAAAGAAACACAUGUUGGAGGAUCUUUUCAAAAUGCAAAUCCUUCAUCUUUGCAGAAGAGGUUACUGAUCUUUGACCGCUCUGAUAAUAAGACAAGGUUGUUUUAUGGUCCUGUCCUCCCUCUUGUCCAGAGUCCAACUGUUGCUGCUACAAAGUUUGCUCAAAGUUAUGUCGCAAAUGGGGAGGGGCAGGCCAGUAAUGUGGGUCAAAAGAAUCUGCCCAGUUACAGUUUACCGGAAGUGUCUGUUAAGGAUCAUGCAGUCAUUGAAGAAAGUGAAAAUCACGAAGAUACGGAAGAAAUAAAUGCAUUGCUUUAUUCUGAUGAUGACAAUGGCAACGAUGAUGAUGAUGAUUCUGAUGAGGUAACUAGUACAGAUCGAUCCCCUUUGGCAACUAAAAUGACUCAUGUGAUACAAGAGCAGUUUGAAGACAUGAAAGAGGAUGUUGCUAGUUCUGAUUGGCCUAACAAAAGGCUGAAGUUAAUUGAUGGUGACUACAAUAGAUCAUCCCCACCUGUGCAAAGAUCUAAUUUGGCAAGACCAAAUGGAACCUGUGAUUGUGUCAGUGAUGCUGAAUCAAAGAAUUCAAGUGGAUGGCUAUAUUCUGUUGAUAAAGCUAAAGUAGAUGAUUCAGUGGUUUGCGAUAUCAAAUUGAAAAAGGAUAAGAUACGUGAAUCUUUGAGAGUUCUUGAGAAUUUAAUUCCAGGUGCAAAAGGAAAGGAGCCACUGUUUGUCAUUGAUGGAACCAUUGAGUACUUGAAAUUUUUGAUGUCCCAAUCUGGUGCUCUUGGAGAUAAAUAUCACUAAGUAGUACUCAGCCAUUGAGGUUAUAGUAUGUUUGGUUGAAGGGCACAUUUGUGGUGAAGAUGUAGUUCUUUGAACAUUGUUGGUUGAUAUGUUUAUCUUAGCAUGCUUGCUUGUUUCCUUCUUUUAAUCCUAUUUCUUGAGGUGUAUAUAUAUGGUUGGGAAAUAAAGUUACUAACGCUGAAAUAGAUAGUAUUGCACUUUGCCACUGAAGUUGGAGAAAAAAUGCAAGAUGGGGUUUCAAUUUGUUGACCAACAUGAUUAUCCUGUAGCUUUUUUGGAGGAUUAAAGGUCACAGAUUGAAGUGAUGGAGGUGUUAGUGGGGGGCUUUGCUGUAAAUGAGGACACUUUUUCUCUCAAGUGUUGCACUCUCUUGGUGAUUGAAUGCAUGCGCAUUAGGCAACUGGGGUCCCACACUCCACCCUCCUUUUUCAUCCUUGAUUUGUGCUUUUGUCUUCUCUUUCAAGGUUGCACGCAUAUCAUGCUGGCAUCUACUCUAAAGUAACAAGAAAGUUUCCUGAUGUUUGGCAGAGUGAGGCUAGUGUUUCAUCAUGAGUUACUGGGGCCCUUUGUUUGGAUAUGUAGCAUUUGUGGUAAAGGUUACCUUGUUUUACAUGUUGAGGGAGGAAUGAUGACAAGCAAUUCUAGUUUCUACUUUGUAAUUCAUGUAGGUAGUCAAGGGUCUCUUUUUGAUGAUGAUAUUAUGUAGCUGUCAGUUGUGUGAUUGUAUGAAUAAGUGGUGUGAAUGGUUAUGGAUUGGGCGUGGUAUAUGAAGGUUAAGAGUGUAUCAUGCUCAUGCAUGUAGUUCAUCUUGUCAGUUGUUAGCUCAUGUGCUUUCAUGCUUGUACAUAUCAUAUCACUUCGAUCAAUCUGUGAUUCCUCAUUUUCUGUUA